GUCAAUCUGCGCAUGCGCCUUGUUCCUUAGCCGGAAAAGUCAAACAGCGGCCGUCCGUCAGUCAGCAGAGUAUUGAUUCAAAGUUCAACCUUUUUGGCGACCUUGCGCUCACAACAUUCUGCAUUUGAGCAAAGGUUGUUUUAGCUUGGAGCUAGCUUGACAUUUUGCCAUAGUUUGUCCUUCAAACGACUCAAAAUGCAAGGCGGAAAGUGUUUGAAAAGUGCCUGGAAGCUUUUUAAAUCCAGCGGCGAGGGAGCUGCGAGACACUACAGCCAUACAUCCACUCGAGGCUCUUUCGGUCUCCUCUUCGACAUCGACGGCGUGCUAGUGCGCGGUCAGACGCCCAUCCCGGCCGCCAAGCGCUGUUUCCGGAAGCUGGUGGACCGGCGAGGCCGGUACAAAGUCCCCGUGGUCUUUGUCACCAAUGCUGGAAAUUGCAUGCGGCAGGCCAAAGCAGAACAUCUUUCACAUUUGCUAGAAGUGGAGGUGUCACCGGAGCAGGUGAUGCUAUCCCACAGUCCUUUGCGAAUGUUCACGCAAUUUCACCAAAUGUGCGUGCUGGUGUCCGGACAGGGUCCUGUACAAGAAGUGGCUCGCAUGUUGGGUUUCCAGAACGUGGUCACCAUAGAUCAAGUCCGAGAAGGAUAUCCUCUUCUGGACAUUGUGGAUCACGACAGAAGACCCAAAGACAGUAUUCCUCCCACAAAAGGAUUACGGCCAAUAGAAGCGGUGAUUUUAUUUGGCGAACCAAUCCGAUGGGAGACCAACCUCCAGCUCAUUCUCGACGUCCUCCUCACUCACGGCAACUUGGGCAGCAACUGGAACGGGGCGCCGUACCCACACCUUCCUUUGCUAGCGUGUAACAUGGACCUCCUUUGGAUGGCCGAAGCUAAAAAUCCCAGGUUUGGUCACGGGAUGUUCCUGGUAUGCUUGGAAAGCCUGUACAAGAAAGUGACGGGUCAGGAUCUUAAAUACGAGGCUCUCAUCGGCAAACCCAGCGUGGUGACUUAUAACUACGCCGAGUUGCUGGUCAGGCGGCAGGCGGAGAGACUCGGAUGGAGCUUGCCCGUCAAAACGCUCUAUGCAAUCGGCGACAACCCGAUGGCCGACAUAUACGGCGCCAACCUGUACGACCGCUACCUCCGGACGGCCCCGCGUUCGGAAGCCCGUCUCCCAGAAGCGUGUCGCUCCAUUCUGGUGUGUACGGGCGUGUACAGCAAAGAGGAGGCGCUGCCGUCGCUGUCCCAGCAGCGCGUCUUCCACGGCCACAGAGACUUCCGUUUUGAGCCCGACCUCACGCAGCCGUCCUACGUGGUGGACGACGUCCAGGAUGCGGUGGAGCUGGCGUUCGAACAGGAAGGGUGGUCUCUUCAUUAGUGACUUCAAAAUGAACACUUUCACUGCCAUAGACGUCCAGUUUGCUGUGAAUCCAAAUGAGUUUAUCUGUAGAACAAAUCCAUUUGACGUGGGAGGCUGGCAUGAACAUUUGCUGCCAGCGUUCCCAUGUCAAAUGGCUUGGACAUCUAGCAGUGUCCAUGAUAAGGCUUAGAUUUGAUGUCCAGUGUUGUCAAUGGCAAGAAACUCACCAAGAUUGACACAUUGUUUUUUUCCUUUAUCGCCAUUUUGGGAGUCUUCCGCUGCCAUCCCUCCCACUCAAAACUAUGAUUGGACGUCCAUCACCGUCAUUAGAAGAGAGGUUAACGUGGACGUUUUUACGAGGAAACGUUUUAAUAGCAGGACAAUAUCCGGUUUGCCAAAAUGACUGCUACCACUGUAGAAUCUAUGUAUAAUUUGUUCAUUUAUUUUCCAAAGAAAAAUAAUGACUUGAAAGAUGUCAGGCAAGUGUAUCACAAAAUACACCUUUGUACUUUUCAGAAUUGUACGUUCAUGUUACAUUCAAAAUAUGACACUAGCUCUCAUGCCCCAUUCAGACUGCCAGUGUUUUGUUAGGCCACUCAAUGCUAAUUUGUGUUCAAGCCUACUCACCUCAAGUAACUAUAAGCUGUAAAUCUGAAUUUUUUCACUCAAUAUUACGCCAAAAGUAGUUUUGUGUCUCUGCUAGUCAAACCAAGCAACUUCAAAUGGACAAAUACAAAAUAAAAGCAUUUAUUUCAAACAUCUCAUUAAAAAAAGGCACUGCGUGAACAAAUGUUAUCCAUAAACUGUAAACUCUAAAAUGGCCAACAAUUUUUGCCGAGUCAUCAGGGCGUGAAUGCUCAAUGACGGCAAGCGAUCAUCUUUCUAUGAGUUUAUCACUGGUCCAAUCCAUUUGAAACCAAUUUCAGGUCAUUUCCUAUUGAUUUUGGCUUAUUGAAAAGGAAGAAUGUCCCCAGAUGAAUAGGAAGUGACUCAAAAUCUACAGGAGGUACACUGUAAAUGUAAAAGAAACAGGAAGCAACCUGUCCUUUACGCUUGAUUUUAGCUUCCUGUUGAAUUAAGGGGCACUUCUGGGUCACUUCCUGUUGAUUUUGGGUCACUUCCUGUUGAUUUUGGGGCAUUUACAUAUCACUUCCUGUUGAUCUUGGGUCAGUUCCUGUUAAUUUUUGGGCACUUCCAAGUCACUUCGUGUUGAAUUAAGGGCACUCCUGGGUCACUUCCUGUUGAUUUUGGGGGAUUUACAGAUCACUUCCUGUUGAUUUUGGGUCAGUUCCAGUUAAUUUUGGGGCACUUUUGGGUCACUUCCUGUUGAUUUUGGGGCAUUUACAGGGCACUUCAUGUUGAUUUUAGGGCACUUUUGGGUCACUUCCUGUUGAUUUUUGGGUACCUCCAGGUCACUUCCUGUUGAAUUAAGGGGCACUUCUGGGUCACUUCCUGUUGAUUUUGGGGCAUUUACAGAUCACUUCCUGUUGAUUUUGGGUCAGUUCCAGUUAAUUUUGGGGCACUUCCAAGUCACUUCUUGUUGAUUUUGGGGCAUUUACAGGGCACUUCAUGUUGAUUUUAGGGCACUUUUGGGUCACUUCCUGUUGAUUUUUGGGCACCUCCAGGUGCCUUCCUGUUGAAUUAAGGGGCACUUCUUGGUCACUUCCCGUUGAUUUUGGGUCAGUUCCUGAUAAUUUUUGGGCACUUCCAGGUCAGUUCCUGUUGAAUUAAGGUACUUCUGGGUCAUUUCCUGUGAUUUUGGGGCAUUUACAGAACACUUCCUGUUGAUUUUGGGUCAGUUCCAGUUAAUUUUGGGGCACUUCCAAGUCACUUCUUGUUGAUUUUGGGGCAUUUACAGGGCACUUCAUGUUGAUUUUAGGGCACUUUUGGGUCACUUCCUGUUGAUUUUUGGGCACCUCCAGGUGCCUUCCUGUUGAAUUAAGGGGCACUUCUUGGUCACUUCCUGUUGAUUUUGGGUCAGUUCCUGUUAAUUUUUGGGCACUUCCAGGUCAGUUCCUGUUGAAUUAAGGGUACUUCUGGGUCAUUUCCUGUGAUUUUGGGGCAUUUACAGAACACUUCCUGUUGAUUUUGGGUCAGUUCCUGUUAAUUUUGGGGCACUUCCAAGUCACUUCCUGUUGCUUUUGGGUCAGUUCCUGUUAAUUUUGGGGCAUUUACAAGUCACCUAAUCUUACAUUAAGGGCACUUCCCGAUGAUUUUAGGACACUUCUGGGUUACUUCCUAUUGAUUUUGGGGCAUUUACAGGUCACUUCCUUUUGAUUUUUGGGCACUUCCUAGUCAUUUAGGGACAUUCUUUGGUGACUUUCUGUUCAGUUAAAGAAAAUCAACCAGAAGUGACCCAGAAAUGCCCAAAAAUCAAAGCGUAAAUACUGGGCACUCCCUGUUCAUUUUAGGGCAUUUAGAGGUCACUUCCUGUUUAUUUUGUGUCACUUCCUGUUUUUUAUUGUAUAUACAGGUUACUUCCUGUUCAUUUUGAGUCACUUCCUGUUGUUAAAACAAAAAUCAAAAAGAAGUGACCAAAAAUCAACAGGAUGUGACCUAUAAAUCUGCCAAAAUCAACAGGAAGUGACCUGAAGUGCCCAAAAAUCAACAGGAAGUGAACCGUAAAUGCCCCAAAAACAACAGGAAGCGCCCUCAAUUUAAGUGCCUGUACAUUUGUUCAUUCGCUGCCACCCGUCCCAUUUCAAACGGUUUGGACCUCUGCGGCCAUCAAAGGCUGCCAAUGAGUUCAUUUUGGGGGCAUUUCUGGGUCACUUCCUGUUGAUUUUGGCUCACUUCCUGUUGAUUUUGAAGUAAUUCUAGGGUGUGGGAGCGAGGGGGUAUUUUUCACAUCACUUAAUGUUGAUUUUGGGGUAUC